AUGGCUUCCAAACGUUUUACGACUGUUGACAACUACAAGGGAAUUAAUAAAGGAAUGGAUGGAGUAGAUGAACUUGACCAAUCCAUAUCUCUCUACAGCAUGUGGUGCUGGGUUUUGUUCACCUAUAUGACAGACAUGGCUGUAGCUAAUGCCUGGCGUUUAUAUAUUCUUAGCCACGAUGAUCAUAUGGACCAGUUGCCGUUUAGGCGCAAUCUUGCAAGGUACUGUUUGCGACAAGAACAGGUUCAACAGUGCUAG